GAAGUGCAAUUUCUUCUUUGUCUGCUCCAUGACGCGCCUAUGCCCGUGAAGCUUUCGUACCUGCUCCUGUUUAUUCGCUGCGUGCUCGUCGCAUCUUAUUCACAACUAUAAAGCGUUCUUCCGUGCUUGAGUUCGCACUUAAGAAAAGCUCUAGUUCAACAUUCUAUGUUUUGAGUGCAGUAUUUGAGAAGGCCUUUGCGGCACUCACAGUGUACACUUACCGACAACAACGACAAAAGAAGAUUAACUGAAGUUACAUGAUUAGCCGUCAUCCUAACUCUAAUGCUCUGCCUUCACUUUCUGUAGACGCGGCCGCCGCGGACCGCAGCACCACCACCACUACCGAUCCACCUUUCUUCACGCUCAUAUCGGCAGAUGAGGUGGCCUACACGUUUGCGCUCACACCGUACAUGUGUACACGCUCCUUGUAUCUUCAAACCGCCAAGGAAGUGGGGGCAGCAGAAGGUGCUGUGCCGGUGGGCUCGGCGCAGGCGGUGCGCGACUACGUCUCGUACCUGCAGUAUUUAGACUUACGUGCGCAGCUGUCAGCAGAGCUCGAAAAAGGGCGUGACAGACCCACAAGCAACAAAGAAAAUCGUGGCUCUUUAGUCGUCUCCCCCACAACUGCAUCGUCAAGUGCGGAGGUGCGGCGGCAAACGCACGCUGCUGCAGGCCAGGACAACCACACCAGCGUUUCUAACCUCCGACAGCAACAGCAGCAGCAGACCGGGGCUCGCCGUGCGACGGACGACGAGUGGCUCGCACCGUUUCUACGGGAAGAGAGUCUACUGAGCAGCUCGAUCCUUGACAGCAUUGCCGGCGAGAUGCACCUGAGUUGUGGGGAGGGUAGCGAACCUGUCGGGUACGAAGUGAAGCCCCUCGAUUGUGACCGUACGUACGCCCAACACGCACAGGAGCUGCGGGGCCGGCUCACCGUGGAAUCGCUGUCGGCGUUCCGCGGUGGUGCCACACCUGCGGAUCAGGAGGACGCCGGCUUCGACGGUCGUGGGGAGCGGACACGAGGCGAUGCGAAUCACGGUUUAGCCGUAGGUGUUGCCGCCAGUGGGGUAUAUACUUCAGAGAAUGCCAACGAACCGGCUGCAAGCACGUAUGUGGACGCAGAGGACGUGCGCCUGCAACGUCCGCCUCCACUCCUCCUCUCUUCUUCCUCUUCCUCUUCGUCGCGUUCGUCCUCCUCCUCGUCAGUCUCGGAGACGUCGUUGGCUGCUUACAGGGCGGAGGCGCAUCGGGACAUUGCAGGUGGGUCUGGCCCACGCUCGGUUGGGCAGGGACCCGGCUACGGCGCGUACCUUGCGUUGGACGCGCGAGAGGGAGUAUUUUUUGUGGAACGCGUGCUCCUGCCCCAUGAGUGGCGCCGCAGCCAUGGCGCAGCUCGUGCAAAUCGCUGUACAGCUGCCGAUCAAACUGUGCCAUCGUUGCCGUCGACAGCAUCUGCGGUACUUCUCACCGCGUCGCAGCAGCGUCGUCUGCUGGAACUCAUCUCCGUUGCAGAUUUUCUGGGCACGCAGUCGCUGGUGGAGCUGUGUGCGAAUUACCUUGCGGCGUGGUUGAUGGAUCGCACGGAUGAGGAAAUCGUGGAGUCGUUUCUGGUCGAGACGGCAGGAGAAGGCUCCUCUACCACGUCUGCAUCCGCCGCGAGGUUCGGAUUGACAGGUGCCUCGCCAUUUCAGGAGCCGUGGCUGAAGCGGCCCGCCGCACCUUCUACGACCGACGGCGCUGCAACGGAGGCACCGACGUCCUCGGCGCAGCGGAGCACCGACGCGCGUGCUCGAACCGAGUUGAAAGCCACGAGAAAAAAAGACGCCCCCGCUGCAAUGGUGGCCCCCCAGCGGAAGACUGCAGGGAGAGGAAAGCGAGGUAAAGGUACUGAAGAACCGGUGCACGACGAGGGGGAGGAGAAGAGAAAUGAAAAGGACAGCCCAUCUGCCGCGGAAGCCGCGUCCGCGUCGAACGCACGUCCACGUCGCGCCCUGCUCAGCGGGGAUCAGCGGCUGAGUGUCGUGCGUCAGGUGAAGCGAAGCGGAUCCAUUAUGAUAUCGCCGUACUGA